UCUAAAGACCACGGGAAAACGGUCUUCUUCAACUCAGUGUAACGUUACUCGAUUUCACAAGUGUGUUUCACCUUUGCCUGCUGUCUGAUCACAGAGCAGUUUUAUCGACCUGCAGUGCAGCGGAUGAGGCUGAACAGACGAAUCAAACCGCUGAUCCUGGUUCAGCUGCGCUGAAGAAGGCCGACCUACCUGGGUUGUAUUGGGACUAACGUUAUUAUAACUUGGGUGCCUCAUUCAAUGAGUCCGGCAGUUUGUGUACAGUCAGGUGAGAGGCUGCAGGUGUUAGCUUAGGCAGAUAACAGUACGCACAUAGCUAGUUGAUGUUUAUGCAGUUAUAAAGGAUUCAGAUAGGUUAACUGCGUUAAGCGGCUGGUGCCCGUUCGCGUUAUUUGUCUAUGUAGUUUUACUAGCUAGCUAAAAGUCAUAUAGCGGACACCGGCUAUCGACUAGCUAGCUUAGCUGUCAAACAUCCUUCACAACAGUCCGCAGCAUGUAAACCUGAGAACUGCGUUAUGCUGGCAUCACUUAGACAAGACUGCGACACUUAGGUUAGCUAGUUUAGCUAAUUAGUUUGCUUUUUAAAGUUUGUUCUCCCUAGCGAGCUAACCCAGCUUUUAAAGGUACUUUAUAUUAAUAUGUAUUAUAUUAUGACCCCUAAAACCUGAAUUUUCCCAGCACCACUUGGACAAGGAUGCGGUGUAAAGUUGACUUAGUAAGCUAGUUCGUUAACUGAGUUAGCUAGAUAACUAGUUAACUAACUAACUAGUUAAAUACGUCCACUUUGGGUUUUUCUCACACUUGGCUAAAAUGUUAAAACUGAAUUUUUGCUAAUGGUAGAGGACGUUGUCUUUCGUGUAAGUGCAGUUUUCUCGUCACAGUUUAACUUGUAACGUUAGCUGACAGGACAGUAACACUGGUUAGUGAUGGAUUUCACCGAGUGCUACGAGGACACUUGCUCAGCCGUGGCACUGGCGGCCAGACAAGGUGAUGGGCGGCGGGUUCAGAAGCUCCUCAGAAGAGGCUACUCGGUGGAUGUGAAAGACAACCGCGGCUGGAAUGCUUUACACGAAGCUGCUGCUUCUGGCUCUGCACAGUGUGUUCGUCUUCUGCUCGACGCUGCUGCCAGCUCUGAAGACUACGUCAACUCUCUCACACACAACUCUGAAACACCUCUGUAUUUCGCUGCAAAGAACGGACACAUCCGUGCAGCUAACCGACUUCUAAAGGGAGGUGCAGAUAUCAAUAAGAUGUCCAAUGACCUCUCCUGCCCUCUCUUUGCAGCUGUGGAUGGUGGGCAUAAAGAAAUAGUGGAGCUGCUGGUCAGUAAAGGAGCAGAGGUCAAUGGAACUCAUUCCACCUCUGGCUGGUCUUGUCUCCAUCAGGCAGUUUACAAGGGCCACACAGAGAUUGUGAAAUUCCUGGUGAGUGUGUGUUCACUUGAGGCUGUGGAUGACUAUGGGAUCACACCAUUGUUCGUUGCUGCACAGUAUGGACGUCAUGAGUGUCUAGAGGUCCUUGCAAAUACUGGCGCAAAUGUAGAUUGUCAGGCAAAAGACCUGGCCACCCCGCUGUUUAUCGCUGCUCAGGAGGGCCAUUUAUCCUGUGUGGAGCUUCUUCUGGCCUAUAAAGCUGAUCCAAACCUCUAUUGCAACGAAGAUCAGUGGCAGCUUCCUAUCCAUGCUGCAGCCCAGUUCUGUCGGCUCAGUAUUCUGGAGAAACUGAUCUCUGUGACAAGCAGGGACUGUGACCAGGGUAAGGGGAAAGUCAGCCCUGUGUAUCUCGCAGUGCUCAGUGGUCAAGCGGACAGUCUUCGUCCUCUCCUCAGGGAGGGUUACAGUCCAAAUGCCCAGAGCUGCAGGCAGUUUGGAUACUGCUGCCCUUUGGACAUGGCUCUGUGGUGCAACUCUUGGAAUUUGGACAACGAAUGCCACCAGAGUCGAGAGAUCACUCAGAUGCUGCUGGCUGCUAGGGCGCAUGUCACUAUGCCCACAUAUGUCUUUGCACUUCAGGGUCACGUACCUGAACAUCUGCCCCUGAUCCUAGAGCACGCUGGCCUCCCUAAGGAGGACCAUCUGGAGGAGCUGGUCCAGGCAGCAGUGAAGGAAGUGCCCAGUGCUCCCUUUUGGCUCCCCCUGCUGCUCAAAGCAGGCCUGGAUCCCACACUGCUCCUUCACCAAAAAAUGUUUGAAGAGGCAGAGACCAGGGUACUUAAUUUCUUGCUGGAGUUUAUUAAUUGGAAGACUCUGCCCUCCACAAUGCUUCAGAUUCUCUCGCGCCGUCAAGCAAAGGGAACUUGGACCCCACAGAAGCAUUUUGAGAGUGUUCCUGCUCUGACUCAUCUGUGUAGACUGGCAGUACGAGCUGCAGUGGGCAGCGAUGCUCUGUCUAAAUCCUCCUUUGUUCAGCAGCUGCCUGUUCCGACACUGCUGCAGGACUACCUCCAGUUCAAUGACAUCUCCAGUGCCUACACCUACACGCCCGCCUGACUGACAGUUAGGGCUAAUUAACUGAUCUUACUUGUUCCGCAGCAGUAUUUUGUACAUAUUCUAAUAAAACUUAAAUAACCAUCUCCUGAAA